UAUAUAAUAUUUCACUUGUGCUAUGUAGCUCUUAUAUUAGGAUGAAAUUGGCCCCUGGCUUUAAUCCUAGCUCCGCCACCUGUUACUGAUCAAAGAUUUUGCCCAAAUUCAUAGUCACUCUGCUGUACCAUGAAGCUUUGUGUGCAAUCUUAAGAAUGGGUUAUGUAGGGACACCUGGUGGUUCCAAGUUUUGCUCACCACGUUCUGAAAACCCUGAAUUUGCAGCCAAACGGUUCAAAUCUAAACCCCUUGUAGCUAGCAGUAUCACCCACUAAGAGCAACAGGCAGUGAUCUGACACAAGAGAUGAUUAAGCCUGGAGCAUACAAUUAGAUAAUAUAACUUUGUUGCUGUUAGUCAGUAAUUUUCUAGAGGAACUACUGAACUCCAAUUAUAGCCCCUACGGGAUGUAAAAUAUAGCAGAAUUUGUUCUUUUUGCAUGAGAAAUUAACUGAAUUGUUUUCUCUUAUUAGGUGAAUCAUAUUCCUUCCAAAUUUGAUUCGCCCAAUCACUUCGUUGAUGUGUAUUCUGGGAUCUUAAUUGAAGAAACAAGAUCGGCAACAUGUGCAGCAAUACAAAAUCUUGCAGUAAGUCAAUACUGUCAGCUGCUCUCAAUUGGAGAAUGCAAUUCUCCAUCUCUUUUCUAUCUCGAUGUGGACCUUCCAAUGACAAGAUCAGAUGAAAUUCAGUGCCAUCACAUGGCCAGAGAUUUUGAUGUAUGCCUGCUAAGUUCUAGAUGUCCCAGAGAUUCUAAUAUUGACAUCAUGUCCUGUUCUAUAGGACUAGUAGUAGGAAUAGGUAGAGAUGAAUAUGCAUCAUUCCAGAAAAGUUUUCGAGUGUUAGUUCCACAUUCUGAAAUGCUCCAGCUAGAUAAAAUAAAAUUUGUUAUCUUUUUGACGAACAUCAAAUAUAACAUGGAGAUAGCCAACAUUCUCUCUCUUCAAGACAAGGGGAAUCAAAUUGCCAUUCAAGCGCUUCUUGAGUUAUCCAAUAAUGUUGAAAAAAGGUGUAAGAUUUGUGUAGAAUCACACAACUACAAAGAUGAUAUGCUCUCAAUGAACAAGAAACAGGGAGAUGAUGUGAUUUCAAAUCUUACAUCAAGUGUAAAAUGCAUACAUGAAUGCCAUACUGAGGUAGUCUGGGCUCCACCACGGAGUAUGAAAGGAUGCAUUUCUACCCUCAUGAAAAAUUUCUUGAAUUUGAGUUCAAGAGUGCUAAUUUGUCUUCCUAGUGAAUCAUGCCUUGUUGACUUUCUGAUGGAUAUAGAGGAUUUCUUGGUACCUUCAGAUCCAUCUGGUGAUGUUCUUGUGCUCAACAGCAUUAGAGGGUUAGAGAACUGCAGAAAAUUUGAGAAUGUCUUUCUGGAAAAUAGAUCUCAUGAGCUAUAUUGUUGUGUGAAGCUGUGCAAGAGCUUGCUGAGAAGCAUGUCUGCCUUCCUGGACUUGAGUGGAUUUUAUCACUCACCAUGCUGCCCAAGUUCGGAUGAAUGUGAACGCUGCAGCAAUCAACUCUUUCCAUUCUCUGUCAAAUUGUUUGCUGAGAGGUUCACGGACAUCAUGAUCCAUCUUUGCGAUUAUUUAGUUUACUUGGUCAGCAGUGGUUCAGCAAUAUCUUUGCUGGAUGAAGAUUGUGAUAGCAUUUUGGAACUGCUGCAGCUAAUGAAACAACUUCAAGCCCUGUUACACAAUAAGGAUCUGAGACAGGAUAAGGUUGAAGCAGAAUUCAAACUUAUUCUUGCUACUGAUGCAGUGGACAGUGCUGACUGCGGAACAAAGUUGCUGAAUGAAACUAGGAUGAGCUGUAUAAGACUCAUUGCUAAAUUGAAUAACUCACUGCAAUUGGCUCAGCCGGAAAACAGGGAUGACAUUGACAAGAUCUGUAUUCAGCACUCUAGAAUCAUUAUCACCUCCCUUGACUGCACGUGGAAGUUGCAUGGACAGGAAUAG